AAACUAGAAAUAUAUUAAUAUAACCAAUAGAUAGCAUUGAAAGUCUAAUAAAGCCAUUGAAUCAUAUGUUGUAAGACAUUGUAUGACUUAAGACUUGAAAACAGGUUUAUGUCAAGAGAUUGUAUUGUUUGAGUCAACAAACCAUACAUUCAAUUAUCACUGAUUGCUGUCCACGUCCUGAGCAGAAAAUAUGCGCCGAAUAAGUGGUGGUCGGUGUCCAUCGGCCGCCACUUCCGUCAACUUCGAAUCACCACAACAUCUGUCACUUCUGCUCAAUGGUCUCAACGAUUUGAGAUCUAAUGGACAGCUGUUUGAUGUGACUCUGAUUGCUGGAGGACCUAAUGGUCACCGAUAUGAAGCCCAUCGGGUGGUACUGUCGGCCUGUUCUGACUAUUUUAGAGCCAUGUUUACUGAUCCUGUUUUUAUGGAAAGAAAACAAAAGGAGAUUGUCUUAAAUGGUGUCACGAGUGAAGGUCUUCACCAUAUUCUUGAGUUUGCCUACACUUCCAGAUUAGCAUUGAAUUUGUCUAAUAUUCAAGAAGUGUUGUCCACCGCAUCUCACGUUCAAAUGCAAGACGUGGUUCAAGCGUGUAGUGAUUACUUAGAGGAACAGAUAGUGGUUGACAAUUGUGUAGAUUUGGCCACAAUAGCUGAUACCUAUUCCUUAUGGCAACUCAACAAAAAAGUCUAUUACUUUAUUUGUUCAAAUUUGAUGGUCUUCUCGCAGACCAAUGAAUUAGAUCGACUCACUUUCCAACAGUUGACACGAAUUCUUGACUGCGAUUAUCCGGUCGACUGUUCAGAGAGUGAUAUUUUGUCAAUUGUCAUGAAAUGGGUUGAACUCGAUGUUAGCCAAAGAGUCCAAUGUUUAUCUCAAUUGUUGCCAUUUAUCAACUAUAAAGAGAUUACGAAAGAAGAGUUAACUCAACAUUGGAACCGAUUGGAGAAAAUAUUAUCGACAUCUAUAGGUUGUCAUCGUUUCAUAUAUCGAAAGAUUUUCUCACAAAUUGAGUACAAAUCUCCCGAUGAAUCCAAUGUUUUAAUUAAUAGUCGAGGAAUGGAAUUAGCGGUCAUUAAAGUGGGCGGUUUUAGUGAUAAUGGUGUUACUAAUGAUAUUACAUAUUAUUUGGAAAGUGAGAAAAAAUGGAAAUAUUUGUCGCGUAUUCCACACGUUGAACAAUGCAAUUUCGGUAUGACCAUUCAUAGGAAUCAAUUAUAUGUUGUCGGCGGAUGUUUUAAUUCAGUGCAAAGUCUUGAAGAGAAUGUUCAUCCGUUUGGUUUUAAAUACAAUCCUUUAUGCAAUAAUUCAGGGAAUCCGUGGUCAACAAUAGCGCCGAUGCAUAAAGAGAGAUGUCGUUUCACACUAACAGCUGUUGCUAAUUAUUUGUAUGCAAUAGGAGGCGCAUCCGAUACCGAAUUUCCGGACAUUGACGACGAUUUAUAUAUUUCGGGAGAAAUUUAUUUUCCAGAAACCAACGAUUGGGGUCCAAUGGCUAGUCUUCCAGUGCCAUAUCGAUCGCAACAUUCAGCCGUUGCUUAUAAUCAUUAUAUUUACAUUUCUGGAGGUCUCGAUCAAGAUAUUGUACUCAAAGAUUUAAUUAGAUAUAACACAAUCACUGACGAGUAUGACUCCAAUAUGAGUCCAAUGCUAUGCGAACGAGCAGAUCAUACAAUGAUUGUCUUUAAUAAUAAGAUCUAUGUAUUUGGUGGUUGGUUUGAAGCACCCAUUACUGGCUUAAGGGUUUUGGCCAAUACUAUUGAUUGUUAUGACAUAUUAAAUGAUUCGUGGAGUGUAAUCGCUGAUAUCCCGACCCCUAGAUAUUAUGCGGGUAUUGUAAAUAAAGGCUCAAUUGUAUAUAUAAUUGGAGGCUUUCAUAGCGACAACACAUUUGACAGAACUUCGGGUCUUAUCGAGUCAUUUGAUUUAGUUAGUCAUAUGUGGAACCACUCACUCGAUGAUUAUCCUCAAGAUAUUUGGGAACAUCAAUGCUGUACACUGUUUGUACCGAAAUAUCGAGACGACUUAGUUGUUACAUCUCAUCAAAUGUAAUAAUACAUGACAUCUUAUUUGCCAAACAUUUAAUAUACCGGUAUUUACUUUUAUUGACAUCAUUUAUAAUUUAUUUUACCGAUAAUUUA